ACGAUGUGAUAAAUUGGUUGUAGAAUUUGGAGUGAAUCACUGGUGGAAGGUGGAUCUCGGAGAGGAAUUUGAAAUUACCAAGGUUGUUAUUAUCAAUGCAGUUGACUACACAAAGUUGCAAUACGGUCUUCUAGACGGUAAGGUCCUAAUAGGCAAUGCAGAUUCCAGCAACAGAUUUCAGAAUGCGCAAUGUGGAGGUAACAUUACAUUUGAUCAGCUUAAUAACAGUGCGUUAGUUGAGUUGAUAUGUUCACCACCAAUCAACGGAAUGUAUGUCUUUGUCACGUCAAAUGUUCCAGAAAGAAUUAGUUUGUGUGAAGUCCUUGUCUACUCGUCCACUGAAGAGGUAUCCAAAGACGACCUACCAUUGAACCCUGAUGGCUUAUGGCCUCUCAAUUCCUUCUACACCAUCUAUGACCUCUCUGGAUUCAGAGAAUAUGACGCGAGUACCACAACAUUCAUGUUCACCAACACCUCCUCCGGGGAUGUGGCCUUCGCAGACCUCUCACCUGUCGACGGCAUGGCGGCCAGCAUACUUAUCUACAAUCAUGGCCGAUUCGUCAGCCGUACAAAUUUUACUCUUAUGUUUGAAAUCAUGCCUGGGCCUAAUUCAAAUGGUGACAUAAUCUCAAUCGGAGAUUUUAAAAUUUCGCAGACAAAUUCAGGAGAAUUGGUGUACUCAUCAGAGAUUGAAGUCACCAGAAACGGAACCGUGUGCGUACGUGGUGUGGUAUUCAAUUCCGGAACCUGGACAUCCAUUGCAGUUGUAGGCCUAAAUAAUGGAUCAACGGAAAAGAUGUCUUUGUGGAGAAAUGGAUAUUUCGUCCAGGCUAGAGAUAAUUCUCCUCCACAGUUUCACAGGUCAUGGAACACUCUGGAGAUAGGUUUCCCAGGUGGGGCAUCGGGUAGUGUUAGAAAUGUGCACUACUACAGCCGGGCCUUGACUCAACAGGAACUGACGGCCGCGCUUACCAUUCCUUCGGAAGGUAAGAUUUCACGGAAAAUCGCUACAUCAUUGAUCAGCAAAAUGCAUUCCGUAGGCUCCGACCUAUUUGAAUCGGCGUACUCAGCGACUUUUGCUAGUGGACACGUGACAAAAUCAGUAACUGUAAGAAGCAUGCAGGAUUGCGCAUUUAGUUGUCUCGAUGAGUUGUUAUGCAACGGAUACGCUUUCAACAAAGAGCAUACGCAAUGUCUUGUUGGCAUAGGGUUUGUAGACAAAAGAGACCUUGUGCAAAGUAACGACUGGCACUUUUAUAAAUAUAUACAAGCAGUGUAAUUAAUCUGUCCCUUUUACAAUUCGAAAUUGAUGCUGUGCCCAAUCACUGUAAAUUCACAGCAUAAUUGUCAAGUCACAAUCAAAUACUGUAGAUUGAGGUGAGCUAUAAGCAGUUUAAAAUAAGAUCUAAUUCUCUCUAAUUCAAUGCCACAAAGUAGGCCUACAAAUGUGGUUGGAUUUAUAAAAUGACGAAGGUAAUACAUUUCAUGU